GACCCGGGACGGGCGGAGGUGGCGGCGGACGCAGGUGGGGUCGGGACCGGGGACGGGAUAAGGGCAAGGAUAAGGACAGGGACUGGGAGAAGGACACGGACCGGGGACGGGAUCCGGGCUGGGAUCGGAUCCUGGGCGUGGAGCGGGGCCUCCUCGUCUGGCAGCGGGCGGCCGAGCUCUGCCAGCCCGGAGAACGCCCACCCGGGGCCGGGCGGUUCGCGGCCUGCAGGCCGGGGCUCAGCGCUCCGACCCCGGCGGUCCGGGAGGAGAGGGCCGAUCCCUCCUUUCCUUCGUGUCCGUGGGAUUUUGGAAGCUGCCUCCUCGGGGCCUGGCGCUGCGUCCGCUUUCUCUUCCUCUUUCCGUUGGGUUUGAGAAAGUUUCAGUGUUAUCAAAGGGGAAAAAAAAAAGUGUUUUCGAAGCAAAGUUAAAAAAAAAGUCAACCGAGUGCAGCCCAUGGCACAGCCGGACCCAGCUCUGCAAACACAGGGACGUGGGUCUGAUGUGAAGGAAAAGCAAAGUUCUGCUGAGAGUUAAACCUUAAUCCUGCCCAUUUAUCCGUAUUUUAUGCAUAUUUUGCAUGUGAGAUUUCCCGUGUGCUCUUUCCCCAGCCCAAGGACUGCCCUUCCUGCUGUUGACAGCCCAGCCUGCUAAGAGGAGAGGCAAACAGCAGCUCUGCUCCUCAGCUCUGCUCACCUUCAGUCCGUGUCCCUGCAGGCGCUGAGCCAGGAUGGGUUUCGCCGAGGACAAAGUGUAUAACCACAUCCUGAGGAACAUGAGCAGGUUCUGUGACAUCCACGUGGCGUCGCUGGUCGAUUCCCUGAGCUGCCUCACCGAUGCCGACAGGGAUGAGCUUCACACCCGGCAGGAUAUGCGGGGGAUCCGUGCGACUGCAUACAAAUUUUACCAGCACCUGAAGUGCCGAAAGGGCUGGGUGAUGGAUCUGAUCAAUGCGCUGCACCAGAACAAUGCAGGGCACCUGGCUGAGGAGCUGCAGCGGGUUUAUGACUGCUACCAAGCCCCUCCUCCAGGUGCCUCAGCUCCUCCAAGUGCUUCAGCUCCUGCUGCCUGGCCUGCUGUUUCCUCCAGCAGUGUCCCGAAGCCGUUCCCAGGGCCAAACUCUGCUGCAGAAGCCCCAAUGGCUGAGCCACCACGCUACAACCCAUCUGCUGGUGGCCGUCCACCCCUCUCACCUGCUGCUGCCACCACUGCGACCUCAGCUGUGAGCUCAGAUGUUUCCAGCACAGAGCUGGAUGCCAGGGCCCCGGUGCAGGAAACGCCCCCAGAAAGAAAGAGUCCUCAGCCACCGCUGAUGACAAGCACGGUCUGUGAUGGCAAAGAGAAACCUCUCCCAUACCCCACCAGUGAGCAGCAAGAGGCAGUGGAGACCCCUGGGACAUCCAGCACAGUUUUGCCAUCUGUGUCCCCUGAGCAGGGCCAGGAGUGGCUGAGCCAUCGGCAUCCAGUGUGCGUGGACAACGGGUGUUUUGGGAACGCAAACCACCUUCAACGUGGCAUGCCAAACUUGGAUCUGAGCAGGUCUCUUCCACCAAGGGAUUUGAGUGCUGCUCCUGGCCCUGAGCAGACCAGAAACGAGCCCCAGGAAGACGUCUACAUCUCCAGUGAGUUGCCAGUGAGGUUGGUGGAGACCACUGAUGGUGGGGGACCGCAGCCCCCAGACUCUGUGAGGACACAGGAGGAACGAGCUGUGCACAGUUUUAAGCACGAUGGACCCCCGAGCAGCUUUGUGGAUGUGCGCAACCCCUUACUUAUACAACAGCAGUUUGAUGCAGAGCAGAAGCAGAUUGAGAGAGAGCAUGAAGGAGGUGGAGAUGUUUUGAAGGAAACAACCACCUCAGUCUCUACCUCUGCACCCCAAGAUAUUUCCCCAUUCUGUGACACCUCCUUGAAGCCUCCUGUACGAGAGAAAAUGCUGCCUGAGGAGAAAGCAGCCAGCAGCACCCCCUCCAUGCCAGGGAAGGAGAAAGUGCUCUCGGCCUCGGUGGCCUCCCUGUCGGGUAUGAAUGCUGCAGGAAGCUUUGAAGGCACAGCUGGGAGGACCUCCUCACAAGUGAGCUCUGCUGCCAGCAUCUGGGCAUCUCAUGAUAACGAGGAGGAAGACGUGGAGCUCAGCAAGCCAGGUGCCCUCCAGUCUGUAGUAGGAGAGAGCCCAAAGGCAGCUGCCAGAUACCUGGGCAGCCCCAGUUCCAACACAUCCAGUCACCUUGGCUUGAGCAGUGACCCAAUCAUGGUGAGCACAGACAGCUUGAGGCCUGGAGAAGCACAGUCCACAGCCAACUCAGGGCUCUGGUCUGCAACUCCAGCAGUUCAUGCAGACCCUGGGGGAGAAGAGGCAGCUGGAGUGAGCCCUUAUCCACCUCUGAGCUGGGCUGACCCCUCUGUGGGCACCCACGAGGUCCAUGUGGAGCAUCACCCCAGUGCCCCGCUCACAGCAGGCAAUGAUGUCCCAGAUGAAGCAGUCCCCUAUGGAGACUCUCCUGACUCAAACAAGGGAAGUAAUGCUGCAAACAACUCAUCUCACGCCGAAGUCCCCACAUCAGGGGACAGCAAUGGGCCGUCUCUGCUGUACAUCCUUCCAGCUGUUGGCAUCGCUCUGAUUUCAGUGUUUCUGGUGUACACACGAUUGCAGAAAUAGCAGUAGAGAGAAGAUGAGAUGCCACAGCUACCAAAGGGAGAUUCCUCUUCGUAGCAGGAACUUGGCCAGCAUGUUUGAAGCCCAAAGAGCAGCUAGAGGGACUGUAGGGGCUUUGUUAAAUUUCUUCCCAGGAAGUUUCCUGGAAGAGGCCUUGGUUGUGUGAUGCUGUUGGGUUUUGGUCUGUUUCCCAACCACCUUCCUGUCUGUGCUGCCUUCUUUUUCACCCACAGAGAGGGUGUCUCUCAGGGGAUGAUCCCUCGAGGCCAAAAUCAGAUCCUUCUUGGCUAUUCUCGGCUUCACAUUUGGUUCUGGAUGGCCCCUCCCUGCCAAGAAAUGUUCCUGUGAUGAGGAUGUGCCAGGUUGGACCGUGUGCAAGCUGUCCCCUCACCCAGGAGCCCUCAUUCUGCUUCAGUGCUUUCUUUCGGAGCAUCCUGCCCUGCUCCUGUGGGUCAGGAAUGGCACGGGAUCCAGGACUGCUUCACACAGCACUGACCCCAUGGGGAUGAAGCAGUGGAGCAGGAAGGAGUUGUGUAUACCCUUCUGCAGCUUUCUCAUGGAUCAGUCUCACUUCUUCUUUCCCCCAGACGGGGUAAGAGGAUUUAGGCAUAUGCUUUCAGAGGACGAUUUCAUGCAAUACCAGCAUGAGCCAGACUUGCUCUCACCUGGGAUUGCUGUGUGUCUUUUGAUCUACAGGCUGUAUUUAGUGAGCCUGGGUAGGCUCAGUACCUGGUGCAGUGAGAUGAGAAACUCGUGUCGAGGUUGGGACACAAAUAGGGUCAACUCUGUGUGAUGCAGGGAGGCCAUACACCAGUGCUAGCUGGUGAUCCAGAUGCUCUGGGUUAUCUUGAGGUUUCCAUUUAAAAUUUCAGUCCAUAAUUUCCCAACUGCUCCCACGGGUCACCUUGGGAGUUGGAGGGGAUUGGGCCGCAAGACUUCCAGAUAAGAGAAAAUCUCAAACCCAGAUAAGCAUCCCUUGGUUCCCUCAGCCCAGGACAGCUUUUAGGGGCAGCAGUGAUCCUGCUCAGUUGCUGUUUGCCUACCUGUCCAGCUCCAGGCAGAGUUGAACCACCCCAAGCUGCAUUGCCUGUUUCCUCUGUUCACCAUCUCUCACCUACUCCCUCCAAAAAGAACAGAGGCAUGAAAGUAAGGAAGUGGGUUAUUUUAGCUAGAGGAAUAUACUUUAUUUUUAUUUUUAGCUCUAUAAGCACCAGCACUGACUUUUAGGUUGCCCUGCAAUCCUGUGAUCUGCAGGAAAUGGGAGCUGUGGCAGGAGGCAGGGCUGGGCAAAAAGUAUGGACAUCUGGAGACAGAAUUGCACAGCAGAAGGCUCAUACCAUGGGCAGACAUGGCUUGAGUGUGACUAGCUGGCCAGGGUGCCAUAGGCUUUAAACCACUGCAGUGGCUGAGCUGCAAGCCUGAUCUGGGCUGCAAUCCUGAUCCAGAAAGCUGCUGCCUGCCUUGAUUUGGUAAUUUAUUCCCCUUGGAUCCCUGCUGUUCAGCACAGUUUCCCAAAUCCUCACUGUACUGCUGAGCUCCCUGGGAUUGGCUGCAGGGUAUGGCUGCUGUGCCCAGAGCUCAGCAUGGGCCACUCAUGGUGCAGAGGGUUGGUGAGUCCCGUGGUGGGACGAAGGGCUGCUCCUCCUCCAGGUCUGCUCCAGGAGCACUCCUCUGACAGCUCUGUGUCCAGAACUGAGGUGUCCUGAGGCUUUUCUAGAUGGAAUAGUAUCCCUGGGGUGCUUGAUGCGAGCUGCUCUGGCCACGGUAUUUGCAUGAGUUGGGUUCUUACGCAUACCAAAGGAAAUGCUGGCAUUUCAGAAGGCACCUGCCCACCUCUUUCCAGUCCCAUAUCCCCAGGUUGUUGAGUCACGUGCUGGUUUUCCCAGAGCUCUGCCUUAUUUUGGGUUGGUUGCCUUAGCAGCCCAUAGGAGAUGUAACACGGAGCCACUACUGACUUGGGCAAAUGGUCUCCGUGUUGCAAACAGUUCUGCCACAGCACAGCAGGCUGGGGGACUUCUGCUUCAGUCUGGUAGGGCUGACAGCUGCUACCACUUUUCCCUCUGCCCCGAAAUGCACAAAGUGCCUCCCUUAUACACGGACAAGGGCGAUAAAUGCAUGCAAGAGCGAGGCGUUGAUUUUGCUCUGUCAGGGCCCGUCUUAAGAGCGAACUCAAGACGUUCACUUCUUGCUCAGUGCCCAUCCAUCCGCGGAUGAGAGAGGGCGUUUUAAAUGCGCUUUCCAUCCUCUUCUCAGAGUUGAGAUACAGGGGCUGUUCUCCCCAUGAGGAAGAGGGGGCACACGCCUCCUCCUGCUGCUUUCUGUGCCGUUUUUGAGGGCGUUUGGGAGAUCUCAAGCCAGCAGCAUCCACACCAAGGCUCUCUUCUCUGCCUGCUGAUUUCUUCAUGUAUUUUCCCAGUGCUUUUUAGCUCCUACGCUCUGCAUUUCCACACUGAAACACGCCUGAUUUAUUAACACAUCGAGCAUUUGUUUUUCCUGGUGUUUGCUGUGAAGUGCCUCUGUUUUCCUAGUUGUGAUGUAGCACUUUAAAGACAUAGCCAGCAAAAGGGAUACCUAUGAUGGAAUACAUAAUAAAACUGUUUGCCACACCACUAAA